AUGGAGGCUCUCUUUGCAUACAUGCAAAAAAAGACUUCGCUGGAGGAUCUUGUCAAAAAUUACUCGAGCGCCGAGGGAAAUAGAAAAGCAUCUGCAUAUGUUCUGUUUGAAACGCUGAGAUUUGCAGACCAAAGAGGGGCCGCGCUGCACAAAGAGGCUUUGCAGAAGUUUUUCCAAGCGAGCUACGUCCCCGGCCUCUUCUCAGAGUACAUAAGCGUGCUUGCAUGCACAAAAAGAAGGGACGUGCACGCAGAAGUUGCCCAGCUUAUGUGCUGGUGCUUGCGCAAGCUGUCUGCGCUGUCCGAGGUUUCUGGGCUGGAGGAGAGGCUUUGGGUUUUUUUGAGAGGGGCUGAGCAUAAAGAGCAGCUGUUUAAGGAGGCUGUUCUUUUGUGCAUUGAAAAAGCAACGCCGCAAGGCCUUUCCCACUUUGUGCGGAUAGGAGUCGAGCAUGCGUAUGUGGACGCGCUGUGCAGGCGCACGCAGCCAGCAAUAGAGUGCAUGCUCCAGGGAAUUGCGCAGAGCAAAAGCAUAGUGGACGCCGUGCAAGAGAAUGAGGCAUUUCUUCUGGGUGCGAUGAGCCAUGGCGUGGAUCUGGUGGGGGAAGUAGCGCGCGCCUCAGUCAUGUAUCUUCUCGCAGAGAGGCCGUCCAGAGUGAAAAACAGUGCAGGCACUGCAUGCCAGAAACUUGUGUGUGCGGGCGGAUACUCAGAAAAAGUUGCGCGUUCCGUGGAAACUGCUCCUAUUGAGACUUGCAGUGCACUCUGCGGGCCUAGUAAGGUGCUAUCUUCUGGAGGCCCUGCCACGCGCAUACGAUGCUAUGUGCCUGAAGGCACGCUAGAAAAGCACCGGGUGCUGCUGGUGGAGUGGCUGAGAAAAGUCCGAAAAGCCACAGUGGCCGAGCAAGGCAUAGGGUUGUGCAAAACACGGGAAGAAGGCGCAAUGAAGUUGGAAUGUGCAGAGGCACGCGGGGGAAUGGCCCACGAUAUAGUGAGCAUAAUUGCGUCCCAGCGCCCUGAAGAUGUGCUGCUGAGCAGAGUGGGAAGAGUGGGCAGCGAGUCUGUGCUUCUUCUUAGCGAAGUGUGCACUGACCUGAGAAUUCCGCCAGGCACACAGCUGUCCAGAGCACUCCUGCUGAAAGUGCUUGAGAAAACUGGAGACAGAGCAUACAUUGACUCGCACCCUGUUGGAAAGAUGCUGGACAUAGAAAAAGAAAUUCACAUGGGGUACGACUAUUAUCUUAGCCUGCUGUUUAGAAAGGGCGUGCAGGUGAUGCAGUCGCUAAACAUCAUAAAUGCAGCGCUGGACUACGCAUACCACGGGCGAAUAGUGGGCAUGACGAUUAAGCUGGCCGAUAUGCUUAAAGAUGCAGAGUACAAAAGCAGGCAGGGAGCCACUGGGCCGGCAGGCAUCUCUGAGGAGCUCCGGCUCAUUCCUAGAGUGCUCAACAAAAUCGUAAAGAAGACCUACCUGGACAAGGCGUGCCUGCAGAGGGUGUUCCGGCAGGUUGUGUAUCUUAUAACGGUAGAGAAUGCGGACAUAGUGAGAGAAAUAUACCCCUUGCUGGAGAGCAUAGUGUACUCCUACAAAGAGCUUGACAGCGGUGUGGCCGAGCACUUGUACGGAAUGAAGAAGCCACAAGAGCAAAACCAUAGGAUCGCAGCAGGGCCUGGCGCUCCUGCACGCGGCCUGCUGGAGACCAAGGGAGAGCGCGCAGAAGACCCGCCAAGGAGCAUAUGUGCUGAUACGGUGACCAGCAACAAGGAUAACAACACGGACAAUGUCAUGGUCAUUUCCGCAGAGAUCUUUAACACAAUGGAUAUGGACGGCUUCAACCGGAAAAUCUCUGCCGAAACAGUGUCUAUUCUCUCGGUGUUUCUGGAGACCACGCACAACUUCUUGGCGAGGCGAAUAGAAAACAGCCUGCUUCCAGACAUCUUGCAGUACUACAUCACAAACAACACGCUGGUGAACACCCCCGAGACCGUGUGCUUUGUGAGAUUUCUAUCCCAGCUGUCAAAGCACUCGCUGAAGGUGCAGAGCAUGCUCAAGGUGGCUCUUGUUUUGAUGGUUCUGCUAGAGAGGAACAUAGACGGGGCCGAAGACGCGAUUCGGCAGUUCUACAAAAAGGACAAGUACUCGCUUCUGUACGCGGUGCACCACAACAUAGAGCAGCAAAGGCGCGCCAAAGGCUUGAUAAUAUCGGCUAAAACCCGAAUAAAAAUGCAGAAAAUAUUUACAGACAAAAAUGAGCAAGCACAAUAG